AGGGGAGUGGUGAUUGUAAUGAGCUCCGACAUUUUACUGGAUGUUGAUGGUAUGGAAUAACGGACGAGGCUAGACUUUGGAGGGAUUAUGUCUCUUUCUCUCAGCUGCAGGGGGUGUAUGGUGCGUUUUAUGGUGCCUCCUGUUCGUGCCCACGCCUCUAUCACCCCUAUUGUCAUACCCGCUGUCCUCGACAGUAUGCACAUCUGCAGUGCAUACAUGCGUCCGACUCUUGUCUUCGCAGCUUCCAGAAUGUAUCCCAUUGCAUCAAGUCGAGCAGUCCGUGCUUUCCAUCGUUCGAGUCUGACUGUCUAUCCUGCAUGAAUACCGUUGUUUUUCGUAUCUAGCAGCUACUCCAGCUUAUCACCACGUUAUUACUCUUUCGAACGCAUGUAUAUAGCUUACUGCAAUAUCACUUCUCCAUCCAACAGACUCCCACCCAAGAUCCUUGUGUGCACAAGAUGCAACUAAAUUUCGUGGUACAGCCUCGGAAUCUCCUCACUAUCGGCACACUGCUAAUGGCCGCAUCUCGCCGCGAU